AUGGAUCCCACUGCACCGGACCUGCAAAAAGAAUCAUGCCGUCUUUGCAUUGCAGACCUGUUUAAUGGGAAAUUAGAUCGUGUCCAUGUGAAGCUGAGGCUGCACAGCAAAAUGGGAGUACAAAACAAGCUCCAAGUAUUAGUGAAUUACGACGAAUUGGUCCAGAUGCUACAAGAAGGAUUUUUACAGUUUAUGAAUGCGACUUCAACACAAGAAACCGACAUCGCGACAGUUUACGCUGAACAAAACACGGCGUGCAUAUUGGAGUGCCCCGUGUCGCAACAACUGUUACAACAAAUAGACGCCACUAAAGGCGUCACUAUCGUGGUUUCAAGGGAAAUCCAAUACCUCCUACAGCGUGAUCAAUUGGGGUUAAACUCAAAUGUUAAACCCCUAGGUGGUCACUACGUCGAACUCAAGAAUUCAAGCAACGACCAAUUGGUACGAGACAUUGCGAAAAUACUGGCAAAUCCAAUGUACACGGUUCCACAGCAAAGGAAGCUUUUCACCGGAUUUCCACGCCCUCCAAGACCGCUUUCCCCACAUUACAAAAAUGAAGUACAACAGCAGCAAGAACAGCGAUAUGCCCCACUGUACCAUACAUCCCACACACUAACCCUAAACAAGUUAGAAGUGACCUUUCUAAUAGGUCACCAAGGAUCUCGCAUUGAAUUUAUUCGUGAACAGUCGGGCGCAUGCGUCAAGAUCCUUCCCAUACCAGAACGGUUGAAAACUAUCCAAUUGGCAAGCCCUUACCUAAUACUGCAAGCUAUCGUGGUAUCAGGAACCCUCUCUACCGUAACCGUGGCCAUGGCAUUGAUUGAGUCCCAACUACAGUGCUAUAGGCCCAAAGGACAUUCCAGAAGAAAAGCCCGGGCUUGCAUUGAUUCUUACACUGGUCCUUGCACCCCUAUGGAUAGCGCAAAUCUGAGUCCGGGUCAGCGAAAUCAAUAG